CUGGUAACACUGUUUGAGAGACAAUAAUGACACUAAUGAUGCAUGCUGCUUGCAAAAAAAGUUGCAACUUUGUAAUUUAUCGUAUGAUCAAUUGUUUUAUUCAAAAGAAAAAGCCUCCAGUAAAUCCAGGUACUGGAAAAUGAGUUCUAACGUGGAUGAGAGGAUUAAUGAUAAUGCAUUUCUAAAGAAGCGUUUUCAUCAUUUGGUAGAAGGUGACAUCCACAGCGAUUGCGAAUUCAUAGUUGGACCAGAAAGAAAAAUCAUAAAAGGACAUAAAUUAAUAUUCAGUGCAGCUAGUGACGUUUUCGAUGCUAUGUUCUACGGUCCACUAAAGGAAGACAGCACAGUGAACAUUGAAGAUUUGAGUGCAGACGGAUUUGAAGGUAUGAAAACAUUCAUUUAUACAGGCGAAAUUAGUUUCAGUUCAGUGUCACAUGCUCUUUUCACCUACAUUUCUGCUCAAAAAUAUCUGGUUACACAACUUGAAAAUGUCUGCAUCAAAUUCAUCGAAGAGAAUCUCAAACCAUCACAAGUGUUAGAGUUCUAUGAACUUUGCCAAUUCAAUUGCAUCACAAAAUUCAAAGAGUUAUGCACAAAAAUAAUUCAAGAAAAUACCAAUGAAAUAGUUCAUAGUGAUUAUUUCAUUACAGUCAAACCUGAGACAAUCGAGUUGAUUUUGGAACUGCCAGCUCUGAAAUUAAGUUCGGAAAUAAAGGUUUUUGAACACUUUGAGCGAUGGGCUUUGGCUGAAGCAGAACGCAAGGCUAUCAGUGACAAUGACAUAGCUUCAAGUUUCAACAAUCUUAAAAAGCUCAUCCGCUUUCUCACUAUCACCGGGGAGGAAUUUGUGUCAAGGGUUGGGGACUCUAAAUUAUUAACUCCUGACGAAAAGCAUGCAAUCGCUUGCAAUAAAUUGAAAUCAUCUUCAAAACCAAUGCCAGAUAGUAUUUCAUUGUUAGAGCAGCCUCGUAUGUUCAAUCUUGCUGCUUCUGUGUAUUAUCAUGGUUAUCAUGUAUUCGCAAUUCGAGUUGAUAACGCAAAUAGUUCCAAAACUGGAUAUGCAUUACCAGGUCUUACAUCAAACAAUCAAUACACUUUUACAUUUCAUAUUGAUUUUCACUCAGGAUUCAUUUUUUUUAGGGUUAAUACUUCCUAUUAUAAUGAAAAAUCAUUGUACAUUAUUAAAUACAAAUUCAGAGUUUCAGCAAAAAAUGAAUGUGAUGACCUUGUAUUCGAAAAUGAAUAUAGUGACUACAUACACCAGAAUGCUCAAAUCGGUAACAGGACAAUUUUUCUGGAGGUGAUUCCUAUCUUCAAACUUCGAAAUGAACGUUUCAAUGAUAAAUUAUUAUCUAUCGAGGGAACAUUCAAAGUCGAAAAAAUCAAUUUAUAGGACUCCUAAGAGAACCUGAGAACAUGUAUCAUUUUUCACUCAAUCAGUCUUAUUUUUCCACGAUAUAUUUUCACUCUCAUUCAGUUUUAUUUUUCUAUAUGAUUUUAUUUUUCUAUAUAUUUUUCCAUAUGAGUUUUUAUCCAUGUAUUACUCACGAACAUUUAGUUUCAUAAUUACUUGUGUGUAGUGAAUGUGACCCCAUCUGAUUUAAGUAUAUUUUAGCAUUCCUGAUAUAAUUUUCUUUCCAAAUCAGUUUAUAGAAUGAAAUCAUAACACUUUUAAAUAAGAUUCUAUACUUUUAUUAUUGUAAUAAUAUUAUUCCAUUCCAAUGCAGAAUAAAUGUAUCACAAAUACAUUGAGAAUCAUCACAGUUAGGCCUAUCUACUGUGAUGUACUUGUAUAAAUAAGACUAAUAACAAAUUAUUGUUAUGUGAUCAAUUGAAAUUUUUAUAUUGAUUUGAUUUCAAUAUCUAUUAAAGUGCAUUAAAUAUGACUACAGUCCAAAAAAUGAUUUAUCACAAAAUACCAUUACAGACAGUAGAGUUCACAGUAUAUGUUUGUCAAAAAUACAGUGAAACAAAAUGCUACUGAGACAUCAUAGUCAGUAGCGUCUAAAAUGAUGAUUUAUUCACUUAUUAUUCUCAUUUUUUUGUAAGUUAAGACAGUAUGUUCUCAAUGAUUUCUAAUGCGACAGUUUUAUCUAAAAUACCACAUAUUUAACAUAAAAAACAUUUUUCCUCCAGUACAGCAGACUGUAAGCAUAUUUCCAUCUUGUGUUCCACAUGUAGGCAAUUAUAAUCUAGUUGAAAGUGGAAAUAGUUUUUAAAUUGUUUGUAUAAUUUUUCCUGAUCCUGAAUUUUUGUUAACUUAAUCUAUUGUAUGAUGAGUACUAGUUUUCAUCGUACUUAAUUUCAACAUCAUGGAUGAUAUGGUGAUUUUUUCUACUUUAUAUCAUUCAAUGUAGUAUCAAAUGUUAUACCAAACAAUGUAGUUUGUUCAGGAGAAGUAGGACAAAUAUCUUGUUUUAAAAUUGUCAGCAAACUAGCAUAGUAACCAAUAUAGAAGGAAUAUUGAAAUAAGAAAUAAAUUUAUCUGAAAGAUUUUCAAAUGUGUUAAGAAUAUUCAUGAUAAGCUAACAUUAGUUACUCCAUUCUACUGUCUAAACUUUGUUCUAUACAAUAUAAGUCAUGAUUAUAAUUAGUUUAUUAUGUAAUCUUUCAUUUAUACCAUUUUCUCAAUAAUAUUUUGUAUCUUUUAUUGUUAAUUACUUGAUUUAUCUAUUGCAUGAAAAACUAAUCCAAUGAAAGAGUUACUGUUUGUUUAUAAGUUCUAAUAAUAUUAAUUAUUAGCAAAUUAUAUCAUAUCUCAUUUAUUCCAUUUUAUACUUUACAAGACAGAAAGAAAAAAGAAAAAUCUAAGUCCCAUUUAAAAAAAAAUUGUUUAUGACAUGUUUCGGCCAUGAUGUCAUUAUCAAGUAAUGGCUUGAAGAAUUCUUGCUUAUCAAGUAGUUCUUGAUAAUGACAUCAUAGCCGAAACCUGUCGUAAAUAAACAAUUUAAAAAAAAAGUACUUGGAUUUUCAUUUUUUCUUCCUAUUCAAGAGUAGAACUAAUGAAGAGAUAGUUUUACAAGACAGCUCUGUCAAUUAUAAUUUUUUAGUGAAUUCUUGAUCACUCAAUCUAAUGUGGAAUGAAAUGUAAUA